AUGCAGGACAUGGCAACAGGAAACCAUUGUACAGUGACUGAGUUUUUCUUGGCUGGGCUCUCAGAGAAGCAAGAAUUCCACCUGCCCCUCUUCCUCCUCUUCAUAGUAAUCUAUCUGAUAACCGUGGCAGGAAACCUGGGCAUGAUCACAUUGAUUGGGCUCAGUUCCAAUCUGCACACACCCAUGUACUAUUUCCUCAGCAGUCUGUCCUUCACUGACUUCUGUCAGUCCACAGUUGUUACCCCUAAAAUGCUGGUGAGCUUUGUGACAGAGAAGAAUAUCAUCUCCUACCCUGGAUGCUUGGCUCAGCUCUACUUCUUCAUCAUUUUUGGGGCUGCAGAGUGCUACACACUAGCUGCAAUGGCAUAUGACAGAUAUCUUGCCAUUUGUAACCCAUUGCUUUACAAUGCAACCAUGUCUUACCAGAUUUACAGUUCCUUGAUUUCAGGGGUAUAUAUUUUUGCUGUGUUCUGUGCAUCAGUUCACACAGGCUUCCUUACUAGGAUUCAGUUUUGCAAAUUAGAUGUGAUCAAUCACUUUUUCUGUGAUAUUCUUCCCCUCUUGAAGCUUGCAUGCUCUAGUACCUAUAUCGAUGAAAUGUUGAUUCUAUUUUUUGGUACACUGAAUAUUUUUAUCCCAACGCUGACUAUUAUUAUUUCCUAUAUCUUCAUCAUUGCCAGCAUCCUCCACAUUCGCUCCAUAGAAGGCAAGUACAAAGCCUUCAGUACCUGUAGUUCCCACAUCUCCGCUGUUGCCAUCUUCUAUGGUUCUGCUGCAUUCAUGUACUUACAGCCAUCAUCAGUGAGUUCAAUGGACCAAGGGAAAGUGUCAUCUGUGUUUUAUACUACUGUUGUCCCCAUGCUGAAUCCUUUGAUCUACAGCCUAAGGAAUAAGGAUGUCACGCUUGCAUUGAAAAAAAUAUUUGAAAGAAUAAAAAUCAUGUAA